GUGGUUAUAAGCAUUAAUCGGCAUUGUGCGAGAAUCCAUUGCGGUGUCGCGUGUCUGUUUUGUUUGUCGCAUCGUUUUCCGUACGUAAGUUAUAGAAUAGUCAUUAGGAACGUUCACGUUGUCCUUUAUCCGCGGUGUAGUGCUACCGAGUAUCGAAGAUCUCGGAAUAAAAACGGAGUGCGGUCGCUUUGCGCGUAAUCACGCGUCGCGCAAAUUGUUAGAGCUCACGUCUCCGACGAUUCCGACUGAAGAGCGAUACUCGCGUAAGCAAUGGCGCGAGGGCCUCGAUGCUGUACGGGGUCGAUGUGUGCUUGGUAUAGAUGAUACAUCGGUGCUAGAUCCGUGUGGUAUGUUGUUUACGUUGCGCGUGAGGAUCUAUCAUCCGUGUUACGACGACGGCGCAGGGUACAGCUUGAAGGACCUCGAACGUGAACCGCGUCGUGAGCCGCCAUGAGACGCAUUAGUGUUGGCGGUAUGAGUCGGCCGUCCAAAGUCGUGACUCAAGCAAAGAAAGUAGCACCACCAGCUGUACCAGACGUAUUUCGACAUUCCGGUUCCUCUUUUGGCUCGGUUGGAUAUGCUAGCAGCGAGGAUAGUUGCUUCCUGUCUGGAAGUGGUCCCGGAGGUACGACUGACGAUGGUUCUUAUGGGAUGCCAUCUGGAAAAAGUCCGGGACCUAUUUUUACCCAUUCGGGCUUCGCCUUUCCGCAAGUGAUUGGCAAAUAUGCUCAUGCCGAAGAUCAAGGUAUCGAUAUGACUCAGAGUCCUGGCAGGGAUAGUCCUGGUAGUUCUGGAUCAGGUUCCGGUUCUAGGCAUUCUACUGCAUCAUUGGAUUCUGGGAGAGCAUCCGGAUAUCAUUUAGGACCUAGAGGACCAGGUGCUCUUGCCUCAUCUCCUAGAUGCUCCAUUAGUUCUCUCGGAAGUCAUCCUGACCGACCGACAGAUCUCGAUGUCGUUCAUGCUUGGUUGACUGAGCUUCAAUUCGAAGAAUACUUUCCUUUAUUUGCUUCCGCAGGUUAUGAUCUUGCUACUAUAACGCGCAUGACACCAGAAGAUCUUACAGCUAUAGGUAUCAAAAAACCUAAUCACAGGAAACGAUUAAAAACGGAAAUAGACAAUUUGAAUAUAGGAGAUGGAUUACCAGAUCAUAUACCUGGCUCAUUAGAAGAAUGGCUUAGGCUUCUCAGGCUUGAGGAAUAUCUUGGUGCUCUUCAUCAACAGGGUAUGCGAUCCGUUGAGGACGUGACAACUCUCACUUGGGAGGAUCUUGAAGACAUCGGUAUUGUACGAUUAGGACAUCAAAAAAAAUUAUUGUUGGCAAUUAAAAGAAUUAAGGAUAUUCGCGCCGGCAAGCGUAUACAACCGCUUGACCUUGUUCGCUUGCCGCCACAUCCUGGACAUACGCAAGACGUUAUUAUUCAACGAGGAGGACCUGAUUUGCCAUCGCCUGAUGAGGAUUGUUCCUCACCUGUACUUAGAUCUUUUCAAAGAAGUGGAAAUGAUGUCACUUCUGGUAUUACUUGGAAAAGUAUGUAUGCCGCAUUUCCAACUGACUAUAACAUAGUUGGUUGUAUUAGCUCCCGAGGAAAAUCUUUGGAAAGCUUAGAAGAUGCGCCUCUUGGCUUUCCUCCAUCACCAGCGCCAGUGUCGCAUCCACAACCUCUCGAUUGGCGUCCACGUAGUUUUGAAGAUGGUGAUCUUACACCUACAAACGAUGCUUCCGUUAUAGAUGCUGGUGGUGGUACUCUUCCACGACCAAGACAUUGCCUUGUUCGUCCACGACCUGUAGCUAAGGUUACAGCAACACCUGGACAAUAUAAAUCUCUGCCACGAGACCUGGAUAAUAAAUAUCUAUUAACAUACGGAUUGGAAAGUAGUCCACAUCUUCCAAAACGAUGUCCUCCAUCACCUCCAAGACGACAGAGUUCUAGAGACACAACUGGUUCUUCCAUUGUAGGCGUUAGUGGCACUGCAGUCGGUGAUAUCGUGAUAGACUGCAGCGGGCCAGUGCCAACCGCUUCAUGUGAUGAUCGUCACAUUCAUCAGCAUCAUCAUCAACAUCAUUUGCUUCAUCGUCUGUCGCCACAACCACUGGCGCCCACGCCGGCACCUUCCACACCAUCACAAUUAAAUCAGCCAUCUUCUUCCAUGUCACGUUCGUGGGGUAACGUCAAUGUUAAUAUUAACGAAGAACAUGAACUAAUUGCAUCUCUCGCCCUGCAGCAUCGUAAUGGAUCAGAUGCUAGUUUUAAAUCAAGUUCCAGUACAGAAUCAGAUUCAUUACCAUUUGCCAAUGAGAAUGCUGGCACAAUAAAGCAAAGGACUGGUCGACCACAAGAAUAUACGGCUGGUCCUAAUACUAAUAUCAUCAGCGAUCAUAUAAUCAAUCAUCAUUCUGAUGAUGGUGAACCUGCGGAUGUUUUGAAUGACAUUGGGAAUAUGCUUGCCAAUCUGACAGAUGAACUUGAUGCGAUGCUCGAAGAAGAGAAACGCCAGGGCCUGAACUCAUAAUCGUUACUGCCUUUGUUUGCACUUUUCUAAUUGACUAAUGUUACCAUAGAAAAGCAAGCUCGAUGGCUUUGAUGCAUAAAUAUACUUUAAAAUAAAUAAAUAUACUCUAAAAUAGAUAUACCUUAUUAGUGUAACGUAUAUAAUUAGGUAAGUGGAUAUAACUUACGACAGAAUAAAUUGAUAUAAAUUGUAUUG